AGGUAUUACAGUAUGUUAUUGAAAGAGUUUCAUUUACAUUUCAUGUGCUUCAUCAGCAGCACGUUUUAAAAUGGUCAUGAUUAUUAUUAUAUUUGUUUAUUUUGAAUGGGGUUAACGAAGACGAAUGCCAUUCUUUCUCGAUUUAACAGUGCUCAGUUCGACAAUGAACGAAAGUCUUCAUAAACUAAUGUUACUUAAGUGUCAAUUGUUAUAUGUAUAGAAUUGUGUAAAUCGAUCAAAAUAAUAUUACAGUGCCAAUUCAAAUAUGUAGCAUAUAAAUAAAUAGUGUGUGAAAUAAAGUGAGUGUAAAUAUAGUUUUAUAGAUGUGGAAGUUUUAACUAAUAAACAAAAUGUCAGCACGGUUAACAGAAUGCAGAAAAUUUGCUCCAAACAUUUUCAAUAAAAGUAAAUGUACUAAUUGUUUUCGCCAGCGAGAGGAACACACGGCCGAGGCUCUGGAAUCAAAUCGGGCCACAAGAAAAGUAUCAAAAUGUGGAUAUCUGUUUGUGGCACCCGAUUGGGAUUUUACGAAUCCGCUGUAUAGAUCAAAGCGAUGGCAACGCCGAUGGUUUGUUCUGUACGACGAUGGGGAGUUGAGCUACUCGGUGGACGAACAUCCGGACACCGUGCCGCAAGCCUCGAUCGACAUGAACGCCGUUUUGGAGGUGGCGUCCGCCGACGAUGUGACCGGCAACGCGUACAGCCUGGCGGUCACCGCGCCUGACCGUGUACAUUUCGUGAAGGCUGCUUGCCGGGAAGAGGCGCGCUGGUGGAUUGAUGUACUCGCAGUCUUUCCGAGAUCAAAGGGCCGUCAUAAGCGCAAUGCUACAUUUCCUGGAGGGCAAUCUUCAGCUACUACUGCCAGUUCGACAAAUAAUGCAAGAGCGGCUAGUGGUGCGCCAGCUGCAAGUAGGCCCCGUCACAAUUCGUGUCACUCGGAUGCGCCUGGCAGCAUCAGCUCCUCCCGCACGAGCGUGUGGACCGGCGAGCAGUCGCCGUCGUCUACGAAUGGGCAGCCGUUACCGCCGCCAUCGCAACUGCCCUGCAAAGCAACGAACAGCCCUGCGGGACCGCACGCCCCGACCAUAGUAUCGGCACAUGCUAAGAUCCCGGACAACAACAACCGGCCGUCUAGUCCGCGAUCACCUUAUAACGACCAGCCGAUGUCUUCGGCUUCACCUCCCACCAGAGAUAAGAUGCACAGCGAGGACAAAGCGCGCACGCGUCGGGAGAAGCGCUCCGGACGACUUCCGGCGCGACACCACGAACCGAAGACCGCACAGGAUACCACAGAUGGAAUAAAUUUAUCACAUCAUUUGCUAUUGGAGGAAAUUGAGCAACAAACGAAACGAGAUGAGAAAUUGAAGGAUAUCGUUGCUACAUUAACAAGUCCAAGAUCUUGGAGAAUAACAGGAUCAAAUAAAGUAUUGGCAAAUAAUGAGAGAAACAAUGCUAGAAUUAUCCAAGAUACUCCCACGAGAGAUGAAGGCCCAGAGGAGAUUCAGAAUAUGGAUAUUAGCAAGAAUAACACAGACAAGAAAAUAUCAUCAAUCAUAUCUAAAACAUCCAAGAGAGAUGGCAUAUCGCUUAAUCGAAUCAAACGAAAAGAUCAUAUCGACGAACUUACAUCUGACGGACAUGAUAGACAGAUUCGCGGCGACCCCGAUGGAGGACUUGAUUUAUCAUCUUGUUAUUCUCCGAAUGCCGAACUUCGCGUCGAAUUACCUUCAGAGGAUCUGUUGAACAUCAAGAAGGGAUGGCUGAUGAAACACUGCAGAACUGUCGGUCAAGAAUGGAGUAAAUAUUGGUUUGUACUUCGUGGAGCGGCACUGAUGUUCUAUCGUGAUCCGACGGCGGAGGAUCGACGAAUUAUGGAUGGUGUUAUAGAUAUUAAUGGAGUUACUAAUGUCGUCGAGAUGCAAGUUGCACGAAAUUAUGGUUUUCAAAUGACUUGUUGGGAUAAUCGACGAAUAAUCUUGUCUGCUGUUACUGCUGGAAUAAGAGCUAGUUGGAUUUCCGCGAUACGAAAAGCAGCGAAUCUGCCUGACUUAUCAACGUCUUCUGAUCCAGACCCUUCUGUUGUUAUAGGCGAAAUAGUUGAGAAAGAACUCGGGACCAAUUCGAAUAAUCAAAAUAUAACACUAAUAAAGAUUCCUUCAAAUAAUAAUAGCCCUCUUAGUUCAUUAAACAGCCAAAGUACUUCAUUAACAUCGCCAGGAAGCCAAAUGUCUCCCAAUGCGGACAGAGAUAACGUAUUUUCCACUCCCACUCCACACACGCCGUUAAUUCCGCGAUCUAUAAUGUUCUCAUCGGACGAAGAAUACAGAACAGCAUCUGAAGGUGGCCGUAGGGACAGUGUAGAUUGGAACGAGCCCUUGCCGCCUUCACCACCUCUUAAUCGUACUGCAAUUUCGCGUGUAAAGGAUCGAGCACGAUCACGAUCAAGUUCUAGAACUAGAUCCUAUAAACGCUCUAGAUCAAGUCCACCUUCAUCUCGAAGAUCCACUUUGGAUUCAAUUCAACCAGAAGAUUUAAUAGUUCCUUGUGGUAUUAUUGAAGAAGGAAAACCCACAGAACAUAAUACCGUGAAGCUAUUAGAACUUGAAGUAAAAGGACUUAAAGAUAAAUUAGAGGAUAGAAGUUUAGGUCGUAAAUAUAUUUCAGAUCAUUCAGCAAAUAUUGAAUUAGAAGAACUGAAGAAAAAGUUAGCUAUGGCACAAUGUGAUUUAAGAGAUGCCGAGGAUGAACUUAUCAGAUUGAAGGGCCUCAAAAAUGAAUCAAUAUUGAGAGAAAAACAAAUGCAAGAAUUGUUAUUGACGUUAGAGAAAACCGAACGAGAAUUAAAUAAAUGCUUAGAAGAAAAUGAAGAUAUUCGAUCCUUAAAGGAAAUGUAUAGGUAUGAUAAAAAUGCUUGGGAAAGUAGUGUUUUAGAAUCAGAGAAAAAUCUGAAAGAAACUACUCAGAGGUGUGAAAUUCUUGCCAAGGAAUGCAGUAUAAAUCAAAGCAUCAUAAAAGAGUUGAGAAUGGAAAUUGAUACAUUGAAUGAAAGAUUAGCUAGAGGUAUAGAAGAAAAUGAUGUUCUUUAUAAAAGGUUAAGAGAUUUGGAUGGAAGAUCUAGCAGCUUAUCCUCAUCUAGGGAACGAGGUCGAAGCAUGGAUUCAUUAAGUGAUUUGACUAACAUUGAUUUAGAAAUUGAUUUAUUUCAAAUGAAUAAAGAAAGAAUAAUUGAGGAAUAUGAUGAGUUACGAGGUCGUUUCGAGAAGGCCGUUUUAGAAAUUAGAGCAAUGAAAAGAGAACUUAGGGAGUCACAUGCAAUGUAUGAUGGCUUGGAAAUUACAAACAUUGGAUUAAAAAAUGAUCUAAAACGGCUUGAAGAUAAUAAUCAAUCACAAAUUGAUCUUAUGGCAGCUAGAGUUCAAGAUUUAACACAAAAAUUGAGUGCAUCAGAGAAAUACACUAGAACGUUGAAACAAAAGUUACAAAAGACAGAAAGUCGUGAGAAACGAAGAUCUUUGUCAUUAAAGGGAAGAGAUUCGUUUGCAAUUGGUAAAGAAGUAGAAGAAAAAUUAAGUGAAUUAGAGAAUAAAAUAAUAGCCCUAGAAAGCAGUAGCAGUAGUACAGUGUCUGAAAUAUUAGUGAGUAAAUCUGCAUCUGAAGUGUUAAAAACCAAAAAUGAAACAAACAGCGAAGAUCAGUUAUUAAAUAAAGCUUCAUCUAGAGUGCGUAGAAAAUCACUUGAUAGUGCGACUAACUCUGAACCAAUGCAAGUUCUGCUUAGGCUCUCAUGUUUAGAAAGUAAAGUAAAUUCUGCUGUAGACCUUCAAGCGCCUUCACAUAUGGUCACAACAUCUAGUAUUGAUUCUUUAAAUAUGAUUAGCGAAAAUUCAGAAACCAACAGUAUUAGCUUGUCAGAUUCAAAAAGGCAUUUGGUAGAACGAUUGCAAAGUUUAGAAAAUGUUAUUAUAACAUCUAAAGAUAAAGUUUCUCAAUGUUUAGACCAACUCCUGAAUUUGAAGGCGUCUCGAACACGACGUUCAGUGUCACCAUUGUCUGAUCGAAAAGAUGCAAUGCGUUACAUAGAAAAAUGCUUGGCUGAUGUGAAUAGAAUUUUAAAAGAAUCUUGUGAUAAUUGUAUAGUGAAAACAAACUCUGAACAUAUUAGUAAAAUGCUGAUCAAGUUAGAGAAUCAAUUGAAGGAUAAGCUCAGUGAAAUAUUGCAAAAGAGAAAUAGACUGAAGGCAUCGUCACAAUGGAAUAAAACCAAAGAGUUAGAGCUUUUGGCAGAAAAAACUGCAUAUGAAAUUGUUUAUAUCAAUCAAAUUCAUGAAGCAAUUCAGGGUGAACCUGAUCAAAAGUUUUCUGAUAGGUUAUUGAAUUUUGAAAUUGUGGAAACUAGUCAUGCUAUUAUUGAAUUAAAAUCUAAAUUAUCAGAAAAGCCGAUGAGAGAAUCUAAAAAGAGUGUAUCUGCCAUAGAUGUAUUAGCAAAUGUUUUAACCAAAAAAUUGUUGUUGCAAGGUACAGUUUAUGAUAUUAUGUCUACAUCAGGUAAUCCUGUGAGUUCUCCAACUCAGUCAUCAGAGCUGCAUUUAUUGAAGAAACAACAGAAAGAAAUUGAUUCAGCAGUUCGAAGAUUUAAAGAUAAAAAAUUAGAAGCUAUUGCUCGAAUUCUGAUUGGUUCUAAUUUUUCUGAAACAACUUCAAACCAAGUAAGUGAUUUAACAACAUAUUAUAGUAGGCUACCUGGACAACAUAUUGACAGCGCUUGGAAAAUUGCAAAAGACAUAGUUAGCUCAGAGUUAAUAAAAAAUGAGAUUUCACAAGUGAUGAUGUGCUGCGCUCAGACAUAUCAGAGCUCUGUUGCAUCAGACCUUAAUCAAAGGGUUAGUUUUAUAAAAUCUCAACAAGUACAGCUUGAAAAUUGGUCAGAUGCCGCACAGCACAUUUUAGAACAUGAAAUGGAUUCAGCCAUGAAACAAUUAAAUGGCUCUUUCCAAGUCAUGUUAACAGAAUUGCAACAAAAGAAAAGUCGAUUGCCUUCAAAUAUUGAUAGAAUGAAGAAUUCUGAAGAAAUACGGAAAUUAAUUGCGGAAUUAGCUGAUGUAAUGGCACAUAAAUCAUUAAUUGAUUCAAAAAUAAAAUUGCUAACUGAAAAUUAUAAACCCAGUCAGUGUAGGUCAUUAGACAGCGCAUUGAAUAUAAGCAAACUUUUAGAAUAUGAAAACAUGUUUAACAUGCUUACAGAAGAUUUAAAUAUUAAUCCAGCUGAUUUGGAACUGCAGGCGGAUUUAAGUUUACUGAAACAGUAUUGUAAAAAUAUAACAUUUUCACAAAAUGAUAAUGAAUCAUUUAAAUAUGUCACAAAAUGUUUUCUUGAUUUGGAAAAAAUUAUUAUGAAAUUGCAACACAGCUUAAGAAUUAAUAACAAUAAAGAGGGUCCCACUGAAUAUGUUGAUUUAGAAUCUAUAACUGAUUGGGAAGGUGUAUUUAAGAAAUGCAAUGAAUUCCAAACCAGAUUAGAAAGCCUUAGUUUAUGUCUGCAGGGGCAGAAUUGUGAAGAAUGUAGGCAAAAACAGGAGACGGUGCAAAGGCUGACAUUUGAGCAUGAGAAACAACUGAAUCAACUUCAAAAGCAGCACAAGGAAGAAUUAGAAUCUCUUCGUAUGGCGCUGACUAAGCAAUAUGAGGAUGAACAAGCAAAAUUGCAAUCUGAACACAGUCAAUUGAAACUUCUCGUUUCUCAGCAAGAGCAAGAUCGAAAUUCUUUAACGCAAAAAUACGAACUUAUACAGUCAGAAUUGAAAGAGCGGGCAAGAAAGUUGGAAAGGCGAUUAGGUACAUUAGACUCGGAAUACUCUCAGCAACUAGAAAAUCUACGUGCAGCUUACCAUAAAACCGUAGGAGCUGGUCUGGAGCGGGAUAUAGACAAUGAAGAAAAUUUGAGGCAGAGAUAUCAGGCUGAAAUAGAGCAAUUGAGGGCAUUAUGCGAGAAGGGUCUGGUAGCAAUGGAGAGUUCUCACAGGCGAAUCAUUGCUGAAUUGGAAGAGAAGCAUCGUGCCGAAUGCGAGCAAUUGGUCGCUGAUAAAGAACAGGCGCUCAAUGAAGAAACUCAAGCCACUUUGGCCGCAUUGGAUGCCAUGCGUAAAGCUCAUCAGAAUGAAGUCCAACGCGAAAUAACCAAAUUUAAGCAGGAGUUCAUCAAACAGAUUCGGGUCAAUGGCGAUAUGGGAACGUUGCACAAAGUUCAACAAGUGGAGUUGGAGGAAAUACGAAAAGAAAUUAUAUCACUUUCUGAAAAAUAUUCUUCAAAAUGUGUGGAAAGUGCUAGUCUCGAAGAAAAACUCUGUACAACUAAUAAACAACUUGCCCAAGCACAACAACAUAUCAUGCAAUUAGAUUCCAGGAAUAAGCAACUUCGUGCUCAUUUAGUAUCAGAAGCUAGUGAGUUUACUCCAAUUCAGCUAUUGCAACCAUCUGAUGAACCUACACCAGUACUUGAUAAAUGCCAUGUACAAAGAAUUGAAGGUCAGUCCAGAAUGAAACCAUCUCUGAAAGCAACAAUAAAUAACAAAGCAGACGAAGCACAGGGAUCGCAUGCGAAUGCACAAAAUAAGCCCUCUGACCGACUGUACAAAGGGCUGAACAAAUCGUCGGCUCGAUGUUCGCCGGCACUGUUAUCGUCGGUGGCGUUUGCUGCGCGGCAAUCGGCUUCUCCUCCCUGUCCUCUAGUCGGGAUGGUCGCAGAGCGCAAGAAGAGAUUCCAGCUGUGAGACACCAAGCGACUACUCUGUAGCACUGUUUAAUUACUUACUUUCGCAUUUUCAUUUUGGCAAAUAAUAUACGACGAGAUUGCGAGUUUGCUUUCAUAGUUAUGAAAUAUCUAUCGAUUUAGAUAUAUAACUAGUAUCUUAAUUCAAAAUGAUUUUUUACUGGAUAUACGCAGGUAUUUCAGAGCGGUUCCAAUGUCGCAUUUUUAAAUAUGUUGGCUGGCAAACAGUAUGAUAUUAGCGAGAACCUAAGUUGAUUAUCUCUUUAUAAUGCAAACGUACUUACCAUCUAAUGUUUAUUGUAUAUAGAUAGAUUAUUUUCAAAAGUAUUCUAUAAGAUAAUUGCCGUACUGUUAAUAAUUUAGUUACGUUUAUAAUUAUUUUAGAUAAACACCAAAAAUGUAUUUUAGUUCUAAAGACCAGAUAAAAUCUCAAUAUUUAUA